CGGCUCUCGGUGUUUGCCGUCAGUCAGAGACGGAGAGAGUCCGAGAAGCGAAACGAUGGCAGGCGUCUGACUGCGGGACUGAAGGGGAAAGACUGGGUGUAAAAGCAGGCCGGAUCCCUCUGGAAUGAGUUCUGGAAAUAGACACAAACAAUAACAAAGACCAUGGUGACCAAGAAGAUCCGGACGGAGUACAUGAAGAAGUUCAGGGAUCCCAGAUGGGAGACGUUUUCCAAAUGUUACGAGGACUCUCUGAAGUACCGUCUGACCCGGCGGGUGAUGGAGCAUUCCCACAACCCCUGGUUCUGGGAGGGCUGGGACAGCGGCUCAGAGUCCAGUGGCUGGUCCACGCCGAGGCUGACCAGGAACAAAGUGGCCCCUCUGUCCCUCCCACCGCAGAAGUCCUCGGAGGGGAAGCAGAGGUCGUCCAGCCCCGGACCGAAACCACUUCCUGAGGACGGAGAGGCCGAGGCGGGAGCUGGAGAGGUAACGGUUGUAGACGCUGCUCCGACCGCAGCUGUUAUUGAAAACGGCGUGCAUGAAGCCAGCGGUGGUUCGGCUCCGAACAGCAAAGGACCCUCUGACGACACGGCGACAGACAACGGUCCUGCCGACACGCUGUCUUCUGACGGAGAGCCUGUGAACCCGGCGCCAAGACGACGUCACCGCCGCCGCACCCCUCGGCCUGAGCCGGGACACCGGGACAGUUCCCAUGACGACAAACCGGCUGUCGUCCGCAAACUGCCGAGAGCGAAGAGCCAACCACCGAUCAGCACCAAAGAGAACCAGAGACCGUCCAGCCGACUGGACUGGACCGAGAGACAUACGGAGGUCAGGAGGACGCCGAAUGACACCAAGAUGUCUGACGCCUGCGUUCAGACCCGCCGGGAGUCCGACAAACGCAGCUCCAACCUGGACCGUCGGCGGGCUCGGUCAGCAGACCUGGAGAAGAUGAGGCGGUCGCAGCUGAUGGUGGUGGAAGACCGCUGGAUGACAGAAUACAUGCGCUGCUUCUCCGCCCGGCUGAGGUAGAGACGGGAUCCACCCCCUUCCCCCUGAAAACCUCGGUUCCUUACUGAAGGGGAAAAAUCAGACGGUGGAACAAAGGUUGUUAGUGUGUUCAGAUAAAACAACAAGAAACCGAGUUGUCUCGUUACAGUCCGUCAUCCUGUCUUCUCUCCUUAUUGGACAGCAGAGUAGCAUAAAUUCAAGAAGUGAGCAGAGGUGCUGAUACAGAAUUUUUUUUUCUCACAAUAGAUUUAAAUUUAACUACAGAAACGUGAAUAUCUUCACGAUAAAACAGGCUUAUGUCACAGUCAUCUGAUAUAGAUUUGCCCGCCUUGGCAAUUUACAUUUUAUUCCCAAUAACUUGUUGAAAAGCUCUAAAUACUACAAUACCCAUAAGCCCCAAUUUUCUGUGGAAAAAGGGGUUAGGUUGCUGAAAACUAUAGCCUGAUUGAAACUGGAUUUUUUUGGCCAUAUUAAUGUAUGAAAAUUAUUAUAUCAGCCAAUUGUUUUACAUAACAUAAACAUCUACCCCGGUAAGAAGUGAACCACUGUCAUGGUACUGAAAACCCAGGGCAAAUCCUGCUUCGUGGUACAGGCCCCUGAAGUGUUCACAACAGGGUCAGCAGCAGAGCUACAAUGAACUACAAUGUUCAGGAUACAAAAAAUACUUAAACUAAGAAACACCGGAUGAAACUAGAGCUUAAACAAUUUGACAAUUAAUCGAUUGCUAUAAAAUUUGCUAUUGUUUUGAAAAUUGACUGAUAAUGGAUAUUAUCUGAGAUUAAAAUGGUAAAUGCACAAGAAUAAAAACUUGAAUAUUCUCUAAGAUUAAAGUUUUAAAUUUACCAGAAAUAUACUAGUAUAUUUCUAAGAUUAAAGUCGUAAAUUUACAAGAAAAAAAACUCGGAUAUUCUCUAAGAUUAAAGUUUUAAAUUUAC